UUUGGAUUCACAGAAAACUCUGGCAGACAUGAACAAGUGAACACCAGAUUUGGCAACCGGGCAAUGAAAGAAUUAGGCUCGAUUCAGUGGCCUGGUGGCGUGCAAACUGUUCCAAAGGGAUGGACUUCCGGUGAUGAGGAGAAACCACUGAAAAUAGGGGUUCCUGCUAGGGGUGCCUUUAAGCAAUUUGUGAAAGUGAGUUAUGAUCAAGGCAAGAACGGUUGGUAUGUUACUGGAUUUUCAAUUGAUGUGUUCAAAGCAGUUGUUAAGCAUCUGCGUUAUCAAUUGCCUUAUGAAUUGGUUCCUUUCAUUGGCACAUAUGACGAAAUGGUGGAAGAAGUGUAUCGCAAGGGGUUAGAUGCAGCAGUUGGAGAUACAGAUAUAAUGGCAGAUAGAUGUCAGUAUGCAGAGUUCUCACAGCCAUAUGCUGAAUCUGGACUUAUUAUGGUAGUCACUGUAAAACAAGAUAAGUCAGAAGAAGUAUGGAUGUUCAUGGACACCUUUUCAAAGAGAAUGUGGCUAAUAACUAUAACAAUGCACAUUUUCAUAGGAUGUGUUAUUUGGCUAGUUGAACAUGAAAAUAACCCUGAACUCGAUAGGUUUGGGGCAGUGCUUUGGUUCUCUGUCACCCUCAUAUUCUUCGCGCAAAGAGAACAUUUAAGGAGCAAUUUAUCUCGAUUUGUGCUGGCGCCAUGGCUGUUUUCUAUUCUAAUUAUAACAGCAGGUUUCACUGCAAGCCUCACCUCCAUGUUGACAAUCUCACGCCUCCAACCAUCUGUUUCAGAUAUUGAGACACUUCUGAGAACAAAUGCACCAGUUGGCUAUAAUGGGAAUUCGUUUAUUGUGAGGUAUUUGAUCAAUGUCAUUGGUUUUAAGGCAGACAACAUCAAGAAAAUUGAUUCCAUUAAUGACUAUCCGGUCGCCUUUAAGAAGGGAGAUAUUAAAGCAGCUUUCUUUGUUGUCCCUCAUGCAAAAGUCUUCCUUGCAAAGUAUUGUACAGGGUACACCAUGACAGGACCUACCUUCAAGCUCGGUGGUUUUGGCUUUGUGUUUCCGAAGGGUUCUCCUCUGACAUUUGACAUUUCGGAGGCAAUCCUCAAAGUAAAGGAAAGUGGAGAAAUGCGGCAACUGGAAGAGCACUUGCUCUCCCCCUCCAACUGCUCCUCCUCAACCUCUAUAACCGAUGGCUCAAGUCUAGGUCCUCAGCCAUUCGCUGCCCUAUUUUUCAUUUCAGGUGGAGUCUCAGCCUUUGCAUUCCUGGUCACUACCCUGCGUCUGGCUAGAAGGCACAUCCGUAGAUGGGCAUAUGCAUUUCACAGUCAAUGCUACCGAAACGUCGCAUCUCGCUUCUUGUUUCGAAACCCCGUCAUGCGAGCAAAUAACCAGGGCAAUAUGCUGAUGUAUAUUCCAUUGUAAAUGAGAAGAAUUAUCAUUGAAAGUAAUACUAAUUCU